CAUUCAACACAUGCAUGUGCGACAAACACUUUACUCGUUCCUGUUAUGUGCCACGAUAGUCAAUUUCAUAUUUGUACAUUGUCGUAACACGCAUUGACUUUUCGACUUUUAAUAAGGAUGCAAGCAGACAUUGUGGAAAAUGACUCUGCAAAGAGUGAUUUUCUGCAGCCAUCUGAUAGUGAGAUACAAACCUGGAUGUCCAAGGCUUUUGGCAUGGCAGUAGAGGCUCUUGAGAAGGGAGAGGUUCCAGUGGGCUGUUUGAUGGUUUACAACAAUGAGAUUAUUGGAAAAGGAAGAAAUGAGGUGAAUGAAACAAAAAAUGCUACACGGCAUGCAGAAAUGGUGGCACUGGAUCAAGUGCUUGAUUGGUGCCGUUUCAGAGAAAAGGACCCAAAGGAAGUAUGUAAACAAACUGUGCUUUAUGUGACGGUGGAGCCAUGUAUAAUGUGUGCGGCUGCCCUGCGCCUGCUACACAUACCUCUUGUUGCAUAUGGAUGCAAAAAUGAGCGGUUCGGAGGCUGUGGCUCAGUCCUGGACAUCUCAUCAGAUGAUUUACCACACACUGGGACUUCAUUUAAGUGCAUUUCGGGCUAUAGAGCAGAAGAGGCGGUUGAAAUGCUCAAGACAUUUUAUAAGCAGGAAAAUCCAAAUGGUCAGUGUCAAGCAGGUGGGAGGAAGCGAAGCCUUCGCCGUCUGCUGCUCUCAGACUGCUCACGGGCUCCGUUCCCAUCUGCUGUAUGUUGCCUUUGGCGGCACUACACCCACAAUGCAUUGCUCUCAGUCUAUAGCGCUAACAGGCGGAGGAGUGUGCGUGGGUGCAUUAGGAAGCUAGUAGGGAUGUAUAUGUACCUGGGGGAAAUGUGUGUAAGUGUCUUAACAGGUUACGCGUGGGUUGGGGAGCAAAAAUAGGGUUUGUGUGUACACAUAAUAAACAUACAAUUUACAAAUACACAAUAUUUACCCUUUGUCUGUAAUUUACAUUUAUAAGUCAAUGAGAAAUAAGCUUGUCCAAGCUGAUGAAAGUGAGAAAUAUAUAAAAAAUAAAACAAAAUUUGUCAAAAAGGUGUCAAUCUCAUUGAAAUGGAAUUUUGAGUCCAUGCUGGUUAUAUACAUUUUAUAGCAAUUUAUACACAAAAUUGAGUCAAGAAUAUUCACUUGACAUCAACUAAAUCUAUCAAAAUGUCAAAAAAAAUUUUAAUUGUCAGUCUAAAGGGGUACUCUCUAUUUUAAGUGUUUUUUUUGUUGUUUUUUGUUUUUUUUUGUCACAUGACAACAGAAUGGCUACUUGCAUGUUGGUUAAACCACUUGACUUUUAAGUUUUUCAAAUAUUAAUAAUAUUUUAAAACAAAUUUUAAAUAUAGAAUUAAUAAUAAAAGAUUAUUCCAAACUACUUAUGCCAACAUUUCAAGAAUUCCAGCUUUUAAAGAGACUUUUGUUUUAUGUAUGUAUUUAUUUAUUUAUUUCGUACUGUUUUGUACGGACGGUUAUACCACUUAGACAUUUAAAGACCUUUAGACUUUAAACUCAGAAAUGAAAACAUGUUCAUCAGAGUAGAGGUGUAUUCAAGUAAUUGUUUUAUGUGAAUUGCAUUUUUAUUGUAUUUUUGAAUAACUUAAUAAAUCCAGACAGAGAAUGAGCGUUGCGUCAUUGACCCUUAAGCAUUUGGCAAGUGACUUACAGUGUAUUCAAUGUAUACAUUUUAUCAGUAGGUGAAUUCCCUAAGACUUGAACCUAUGACCUUAGUAAUGCUAGUCCCAUGCUCUACCAGUUACAAGUACAGUAUACUGUACCAGUUACAGGAUCAAGUUUGAAUUGGGGCUGAACACAAAAUCAGAAAAACACAACGAGUUAAGCAGAAUGUUUACGCUACUCUUUUUCAUACAAUUAAAGUGAACUGGGACAGACGCUGUUGUGCUCCAAAAAUGACAACAACAACAAAAAAAGUACCAUAAUAGUACUGUACUAAUAGUCCAUACAACUUUAUAUGAGUUAAUGUAGAAGGAAUUGUAAAAGAAUUAUGAAGCCAUAUGAUAGCUUUGUAUGAGGGACAGACUGAAAAAGUUGUUAUUGACUGAAAAGCUUCCCCUCUGCUGUAGCUUUCAAAUCUGAUUUGCGCUUUACAUAUUAAAAGCUGGUAUGUCACAAUCAGUUACGGAGACACUCAAGAACCAAUAGUGUAUUAUGUCAAACCUGGCACAGUAGCUAUGCAAUUAUGUGCCAUAUUUAAAUAAAGGAAAAUAACAUUUGAGAGUUACUGUGGAUGGGAAGAUUUUCAGUGAAUUAAUUAAAUAUUGGACUGUUCCUCACACAAAGCUAUGGCUUCAGAAGACCUGGAAUAUAGCACUCAAGUCGCAUGGACUAAUAUCAUGGUGCAUGUUUGUUCUUUUUGGAGCUUGACAAGCCCCUGGUCACCGUUUUCUUUCAUUGUAUGGAAAAGAGCUGCAUGAACAUUCUUCAAAAUUUCUCCUUUUGUGUUCCACAGAAGAAAGAAAGUCAUACAAGUUUGGAAUGACAUUGAGAGUGAGUACAU